UCAUCACAAUUUUUUCCAGUUACUUCAGUACUUUCUCAGCCAACACUUCUGUAAUGCUUGACCCCAUAUGUUUUGUGUUCUGAGGCUGUUUAGAAAAGGAAGCCGAGGGACUGCAGAUUUCCUAAGCCGGUUCGCUGCCCUUGACUUUAUGUUUGUAUACAUCAUGGGUUUAGGCAGAUAUGGGCUAAAAUGCCACCCUAACUGUAGCCACACAGCUUUUUGAGUGCCUUGGAACAUGGGCAGAGCAAACUCCUGUCUGGCUGCAGGAGACUGCGUAGGCUUUCCUUGUUUGGAGACCUACAUAUUAGAUCAAACUUCCCACAAAAACAGGGCCUGGAACCAAUUUCUCCUGCAUUUUUAUGUGUUUUAGCUUCCAACCCAGACUUAAAUGUGCAGCUCCGUUUCUAAAAAAAAAGGACUGUAUAAAAUCAUGUAUUGUGAUGUAUUAUGGCUAAGGUUUUCUUCUUCUCCUCUUCUUUAUCAGCUUCUUCCCACACUUAAGGUGUUAUCUCCUCCAUCUCUUGAAAAGUUGUUCAUGACCAGGAGCCCAAAACGUCUGACCCUGCUCUUAUGUCCAAUGUAUAUCACCUCAGUAAUGGAUUAGAUAUAGUUUGCAGAGCUGACACAUUGACAUAUUAGCAUUUAGCCUGCUGUAAAAUAUCAGUGAGCUCUUUGUAAGGUCUUUUAACGCACUAUUAGCACUAGAUGUAGCUACAGCUUCUGGCUGUUUUCCAGCCUGUUCCCUUUUAUCAAUGGAAAGCGGACAGCACAAGAACAAAUGAGCAUAGAUUGCAACAAAAAGAAAGUCAGGUUAGAUUUGGGGAAACCCAGCUUUUGUGCUAAUGAUAUUGAACUAUUGGAAGAGACAGAGAAGGUUUUGAAGCCUUCAUUUUUUGACGUGUUUUACAAAUGUGCUAUAAAUAUUGUGGUUCCUGCCUUUGGGUACCAGAGAGAGAAAUGGAUCUUCUGGAUUCCAGCACUGUGAUUUUAUUGUAUUUUUGCAGGAAAACUUCUGUCUUGUGGGGUUUUUUCCCCUUUUAAAGCAGUUACAGUGUUUACAGAAGGAAGGAGACAAGACAGUGUUCAUUAGAAACAGUAAAAUACUGUGAGUGAUGUGUGUGAGUCUGAUAAUCUGUCCUGUCCAUACUGGUAGCCAGACUUUGUUUAAGCAAGUAAUUUUCAAGAAAUAGAUUAGAAAGAUGUAUGGGGUAAGACUUUCAUAUUGCUCAGUGUGGGCAUUUUAAAACAACGUUUGAAAAGAUCAGUGCUGCGUUCUUUGGGAUUUUUUUAUUAGUAUUUGUCAGCUGAUCAGAGCUGAGUUUUUCCACUGGGUUUUGACCUGGACAUACCUGUGUCAUAGCAAAACUCUGCAGCAGUUCUCGCCUCAAGGGGAAGGUCUGAACUCUUCCCAGGUAACCAAGAAAGUAUGAGCGUGGCAACAUAAGUAAGGCAACUAAUAAUUGUGAAGGGCAAAAUAACGACCCCUUUCUUUGAUUUCUCUUAUGCUGAAGUUUACUUUCACACCGUCAAUGGCAAGUCUGAAGUAUGUUAUUGAAUAUAUUUGGUAUCUGUGGUGCGAGUAAAGCAGAGGAAGAAGGGGAGGAUAAGUUCCCUCUUCGUAAAAUGGGAUGGCAAAGCUGUUUGAAUCAGACCCGACAGUCCAAUCCAAUCUCUGUGGAGAAGAUUGGAUUGCCGUGAUCAUCAAAUUAAAUCAACAAUUCCCACAAUGGGAACAAAAAAAUUGUACGUGUGCUGCAUUUUGAGAUCCUCAACAAUUUGCAAGAGAAUGUGGAAGUGCAGAGUAAGAUAAUGAUCCAUUUCUGUGGGGGACCAAGGCCACAGGAGGAAGAAGCAGCUUCGGUGGGAGUUUUUAACAGCUGUCUGCUUUGAUAUCUCCAUGCUGCCACAUUUCUCUCUGUGAUUUCAUCAUAGACAUGAACGUAUACAACUUUAAAAAACUGAAAAGGUGGGAUUUCAUAAAACUCUUGAUUUCUUUGCUAGGGUAGACUUCGGAUUGUCUGAUACCUCUUACUUCCCCUCCUGCAGCGCUGGACUUUUUACCCUGGACUUUGCUUCAAUUAUUUGUGUUAACGUCACCAACCACAAGCAGUAAAUUCCACCUGAGAAAUCAUUGAGCUGCAACUAAUUAAUCAACUGGUUAAUAUAGUGGAUGGAGAUGUUAAUGGUCUAAUGAUGCUUGGAUUCGGUCUAAUGAUGCUUGGAUUCGCAGGUGCACGUCAACAGGCUAAUCUCUGCAAUGAAUCUCUCAUGUUAGAAAAGUUGCCUGCCUGUGGAAAAUCUUUUGAAGAGAUGAUGAAGAAAGUGGACUCUAAAAAGUGGUGCAACCUGACAGAUUUUAUCACGUAUUACGACAACUUUACUCAGUGCACAGAACGUGAAGCCAACAACGCAAGUUGCUUUUGGCCAAACCCCCUCGCAGAAGGCUUUAUCACUGGAAUUCAUAAACAGUUCUUUUCAAACUGUACUUCAGAAAAGGUUCACUGGGAAGAUCCACCAGAUGAAAUUCUCAUAACUCUGAUCUUGAUUCCAGUCAUGUUGACAUGUGCCAUGAUAACACUGGUAGUAUGGUGCAGCAAGAGGAGUGAUAUCCUGGUGUAAGUUGUUCUUGUGCGCUUUCUUUUUCUCUAUUUCCUUCUUCCGGACGAAGACAGAAACUCAACAUAAAGAUUUCAGAUCUGCCAAAAUGGAACCUGUGAGAUACUGAGACAGAGACAAUGCUCCUUUGAACAAAGAGCUGCUUGCUGCUGCUGCCAAAAGUCACUGUUUCUCAGCUUGGCCAUUGGUAUUGCUGGUGCAAAGCUCUCUACUUCCUUUGGAUCUUAUUGUCAUGGAAUUCACAGGCAGCUUCCAGAAACAGGAGAGCCCGCAGGCAAGUGGACCUGUUAGCUGCAAAAGGGGUAAGGUUACUUUCCCAUGGUUAAGGCUGGUUGGUAAACUAAGUUUUGCAAAACUACAAGUAGGUGUAUGUACACAUGGUGUAAGAUUGACUGCGGGGCAGAUGAUAUCUCUUGAGGUUUUGUGCAGGACACUUGAGUUUUUCUUCUUGUGUCUUGGAUAGAUCACUGGCAAAGGAACUGAACAUGGAUGUAACCAACUGACAGCUUUUCCUGGAAGCUAGUCAAAGACAUUAUCAAGAACUGGAAGUUUUGUUCUGGCAGAGGAACAAUUUAUGUGUCCAGUGACUAUCCCCACGGCAAAAAUAUCACGCCAAGUUAUAAAAUACUUUAUAAAACUCCUUUAAGCAUGGCUACUUGGAAUUGUAUGGCUUGCAAACAAACUCUGGGAAGAUAUACAGGUCUUAUUUUACAGAGCUGGAAAAUGUGAGAUGAAAUUGGUUGAUUAGAAAUAUACUAAGGAGUAAUGAAGAAAUUUUCAUAUGCCAGACUCUUUAUAGUUAUUAUUCUUGAUGACUUGUGUUCACUAUAUACUCCCCACUCUAACUUCAAUUUGUGCAGGUGAUAUCCUACAAAUAAAUAUAAGGGUGUUACGUUGAUUGAGGUGCCUUUAAGAGUAUAAUUUUGUACAUAAACAAUUCUUUGUCCUGUGAAGAGUGGGGGAACUAAAGUAUGAACAACAACGCUUGGAACAGACAUAGGAGAAAAGACAAAACAUUCUACACAGAAAUCUUAUUCUAUAAAGCUAUUCCUAUGUAACAAUUUUAAAUAAAGAUCACAUGCCCAAAAUAAAA